GACAUUCCGUGCCCGUAUUCGAAUAAGUCAAAAGUCCAUUUCAUUAAUAAAUAACGAAGAAGAAAAAUUUUUGUCAAAAUAUUUUUAAAUUGUCAGUGUAAAGUUAUGACCCGAGGAGUGCAUAAUUCCAUAAUUCAAAAUUUAUUGAAAAGGCUAUCUUUAUCAAAUGGAGAUAUUCGUUUCUAUAACUGCAUCGGAAACACUACAGUGACAAAUAGUUGUUCUAAUACAAGGAUAUCUGUGUUUAAUAAUAGAAUCUUGUCAAACAAUCUGUGUACAAAAUACUUUAUUAGAGAAAUGGCUACGCAAGUUGAUUCUUCAACCUCUGAUUCGAAACGUGCAAAUCGUUUAAAAUUAGAAAAAUCGCCGUAUUUACUACAACAUGCUACAAAUCCAGUUGAUUGGUACCCGUGGGGGCAAGAAGCUUUCGAUAAAGCGAAAUCCGAAAAUAAAUUGAUAUUUUUGUCAGUUGGAUAUUCUACUUGUCACUGGUGUCAUGUUAUGGAAAAAGAAUCGUUUGAAAACGAAUCGGUAGCAGAAAUAAUGAAUAAAUACUUUGUGAAUAUCAAGGUCGAUAGAGAAGAACGCCCCGACGUUGAUAAACUAUACAUGUCGUUUAUACAGGCUACAGUCGGAGGGGGCGGUUGGCCAAUGUCUGUUUUUCUUUCACCCGAUUUAGAACCAAUAGCAGGCGGCACAUAUUUUCCUCCCGAAGAUAUGUUUGGCAGACCUGGAUUUAAAACGGUUCUAUUAAAAAUUGCCAAACAAUGGGAUAGUAGCAAAUCUAUUAUGGUUAAUUCUGGUAAAAAAGUGCUAGAAAUAAUGAAUAAAUUAGCCAUGAAAGAUACUGAUCAGGUAGAAAACGUACCUGGGGAAGAAUGCUGGAAAAAAUGUCUCCUUCAACUAUCAACACAUUAUGAAUCUGAUUACGGUGGAUUUAGUGCCGCUCCAAAAUUCCCACAACCGACAAAUUUCAAUUUCCUUUUUCACAUAUAUUCCAGAAAUAAAAAUAGCGAACAAGGUUUGAAAUGUUUAGAAAUGUGUCUACAUACUUUAAAAAAAAUGGCGUACGGUGGAAUUCACGAUCACGUUAACAAAGGUUUCGCUAGAUAUUCAGUUGAUAAUAAAUGGCACGUGCCACAUUUUGAAAAAAUGCUGUACGACCAAGCCCAAUUAGCUGUAUCUUACUGUGAUGCUUUCGUACUUACACAAGAUGAAUUUUAUGCUGAUAUUGUUAGAGAUAUCCUCGAAUAUGUUUCAAGAGACUUGAGUCACGUACUUGGAGGAUUUUAUGGAGCUGAAGAUGCCGAUUCGUACCCUUAUGAAGGUGCUCCUCAUAAACAAGAAGGGGCUUUUUGUGUAUGGGAAUAUGAAGAAAUAUUCAAUUUACUCGACGAGAAAACCGAUAAUAUCUCCCACGCCGAAUUAGUCGCUUACCACUACAACGUACAAAAAGACGGAAACGUUCAACCUUCCCAAGAUCCCCACGGGGAAUUGAAAAACAAAAACGUCUUAGCAUGUUUCGGUUCGUACGAAAGCACCGCAAAUAAAUUCGAUAUUAGCGUCGAUAAAGUAAAAGAAAUCCUACGGAAAUGCCACCAGGUUUUAUACGAAGCCAGACAGAAAAGACCCAAACCGGAUGUCGACACUAAAAUACUGACAGCUUGGAACGGUUUGAUGAUUUCCGGUUUCGCGAAAGCGGGAUUCGCUCUAAAGGAUCAAACGUAUAUAGAUAGGGCGAUUAAAGCGGCCGAUUUCAUCAAAAAAUAUCUUUACAACGAAAAGGAAAAAUAUAUUUUGAGAUGUUGCUAUAAAGAAGGAUCCGAUUCGAUCACUUUGGGCAAUUCCCCUAUCGCCGGUUUCGUGGACGAUUACGCUUUCCUUAUAAGGGGACUAUUGGACCUUUACGAAGCCUCUCUAGACACCCAAUGGCUCCAAUGGGCCGAGACCUUGCAAGAAAUACAAAAUGCGAAAUUUUGGGACGAAAAGGAAUACGGUUAUUUCACCAGUCCGGCCGAAGAUAAAAGUAUAGUUAUCAGGGGGAAGGAGAACCAAGACGGCGCCGAACCUUCGGGGAAUUCAGUUUCGGUACAUAACCUCCUAACCUUGGCGGGCUAUUUGGAUAGACAAAAUUUCCGCCAAAACGCCGAACGAAUAUUCAAAGCCUUCGCGGAAACCUUGAAAAACGUACCCAUAGCCUUACCGGAAAUGACGUCGGCUUUGUUGUUUUACCACAACGCGCCGACGCAGGUUUUCAUCGCGGGGGCGAAGGAAGACAGCAACACGCAGGCCCUUCUCGACGUGCUGCGUUCUAGAUUCAUCCCCGGGAAAAUUUUGGCCGUCGCCGACGGUCCUUCGGGCGCGGCCGGUCUUCUGUACCGACGCCACGAGCACUUGCUGCACAUGCGGCCGGUCGGAGGUAAACCAGCGGCGUACGUGUGUAGGAACUUCGCUUGCGCUCUGCCCCUCACCGAGCCGGACGCUUUGGCCACCUCCCUGGACACCGGCGACGGUUUCGAACAAAAUUGUGAUAGACAAUAAAAAUCGAAUCUCCGACAAAAAUAGAUUUGUACAGGUCGUUAAUCUAAAGGUUGUAUAAAAUGGUUUUAAUUAUUGUUAGAUUUAUUUACAGUUGAUAAAUAUACUCGGUUAUAUAAUGAAAUAA